CAUAUUUAGAUCUCACAACUUAUUUUAGUUAGACAUCUGAUCGUGACAGAAGCAUCGUUUUGUUUAAAGCUGUGAAAUUAAAUCGUUGUAAAAAAAGAAGAAUAUUGAAAAUGAGUGCUUCAGAAACGUAUAAACUUACGUAUUUUGAUUUCCGUGGACUCGCAGAACCAAUUAGAUUAAUGUUUGCAUUUGCUGGAGUUGACUAUAUCGACGAGAGAGUUCCACAAGAUGCAAGUUGGCCAGAGAAGAAAGCAACACUUCCCUGGGGCACUAUGCCCGUCUUGGAGGUACGUCCGGGUAAAUCUGGACCUUCGUUUGUCCUCGCGCAAGUCGCCGCGAUUGGAAGAUACCUCGCAAAAAAAUUUAAUCUUGACGCCAAGACGGAGGAAGAUGCCGCUAAAUGCGACGAGUAUGUGGAUGCCUUGAAAGAUUUUGCGCAAGAAUUUAUUAUCUGGUACCGCUCCACCGAUGAAGUUGCAAAAUCAGCGCAAUUAUUAGAACUCAAAGAAAAGCAUGGACCUAACUACUUUGGGAAAUUUGAGGCUAUCAUUUCAAAAAGUGAGUCUGGAUGGUUGGUCGGACCCAGUUUAACCUGGACAGAUAUCUUUGCUGCAAAUCAUCUCUCCAAUUGGGCAAAGUUCCUUGGAGACGAGAACACUGACUUGUUGAAAGAUAAAUAUCCCAACUUGUCAAAAUUGGUGGAAAAGGUUUUCUCAUUGGAGGGAAUUUCAAAAUGGAUUAAGGAAAGACCAGAAACUCCUUUUUAAUUUCAUUGUGUAAAUUUUGAAACUUGUUUUUCGAAUUUAUGUAAAAUUCAUUUAAAAAUGCGCAAUAAAUUCAGUUUGUGAGAUAUUCUUAUCGUUAAA